UGUUGUCAAACAAAUCGCGCUGACGUCAGUUAGCUCGCAGCUAAAAAAACGUAAAGUUUUUGUCUUUGUUUUAGUUUUUAAUCAUAAUUAAAAAGAAGAAAUCCUUCAGAAAUGUCUCAUGUUGUGCAUCCGCCAGAAAGCGUCUACAAUCUCAUUCCGAGGGAAGAGGUGCAGGCUCAGAAAACAUCGAGGUAUGUGUCCAAGUACAGGCCCAUAGUCGUCCAUGAGAGAAAGUCAGUAAAGGACGACAUGAGGACGAUGGGACCAGCUAAAGUCGAGGUGCCGUCCCCCGACAAAUACCUGAAGAAGCAUUCGAAAGAGCCCAAGCUACCUGAAAAGACAGAGUGUACGAAAAAGGCUCGUAGCGCCGGCACUGUGAGGAAACCGCCAGUUCCUGCGAGGACAGACAACCCGCCCAUGGGCAUUCACACCAAGAGAGACUUUAUAAAGACGGCCACGGCUUUGCCAAUGAAGCCCCAGCCUACCUACGUGGACACCAGCAAGGGACACAAGCAGCUACUCGAGAAUUCAGGACUUGUCCCAAAGUACAUCAAGAAAAAGCAUUACGGUGAAGUACCCGACUACCUGCAGCAGCGCAAUGAAGAAGAGCGGCAAGCUCAGGAGGAGUAUGACAACUUUGUGAGAGAACAGAGGGAGCGGGGAGCCAUGAAUCACCUGUCUGACGAGAAGCGGCAAGUCAUCCUGCAGACCCUGAAGAAGAACUGGGAUCAGCUGCACCGCGAGUACCAGGGCCUCUCGUUCGUCAUGGACAACAUGUCCAAGAGGUCCCACAAGGAUCGCCUGGAAGUGGCGAUGAAGAAGCUGGAGAAUGACAUCAAACUCUUCGAGAGGUUCAAGACCAUCUACAUAUCCAAUAAUUAGGACAUAAAAUCUUCUUUGAUCGGGUCUUCUGUACUGCGUGUCUCUAGACCGUCUGCAUUAAUUCAGAUAUCACACAAGCUUGAGUUAAAUAAAACUAUGUAUUUAUG